AUGAAUAACUCCUCUGACCUCACAGACCUCCCCCUAAACGCAACAGACUCAGGCUUCAAAAGCCCGCCCUGGUACCAGUUCGACGUGUGUGCCGUGGCACCUUACGGCUUCGUCUUCUACUUUGGCGUCAAGGUUUUCAACCUGGCUAUUGGCUUCCCCACCAACAUGCUCGUUAUUUGGCUGGUAGCUUCGCGCAAGAGUGAAGGCUCCACCUCCGACAUCUUCAUCUUCAACCUGGCCAUCCUAGAUGCCUACUUUUGCCUGAUGACACCCAUCGAGAUGGUGAACCGUCUGUAUCUUGGUGACGAGGGGAUCUGGUACUUCCAGCGCUUCUCUUAUGGAGUCAAGGAUACUGCCCCACUCUUCCUCACCUGCAUAUGUUUGGAUCGCUACAUGGCCGUGGUCCAUCCCAUUCUUUUCACAGGUAUACGCGACAACAGCAUUCGGGCUGGGGUUUCGGCAAUUGUAUGGGGGCUUAUCCUUGCCAACGCGCUUACAAAGUCCAUCCUUGGUGUCAUGAGCGUCAGUGAGCUGUUUGGAGGCAUCAUUCUCUCUGCCUUUGCCAUUAUGGUCUUCUGCAACCUCUCCAUCAUCUGGGUUUUGAGGAAGUCGGUGGCAGGCAAGGAGGUAAUGAACCCGGUGAAGAAGAAAGCUUUCAAGAUGGUCAUCACCGUUCUAGUGAUCAUCGUGGUCAAUUACUUACCACCGGUAGCGCUCAUGCCUUUCGCUUCGUACUACAGCUUCGUGGCGUUCCGAUGCCAGAUCAGCAUUUCUGUCUUCUCCAUCAUGGACCUGAGCUGCAGUAUCGAGCCAGUGCUCUACCUCUCCAAGAUGGAGAAAAUGAACUGCUGCCCUUGUCUACUAAGUCCCACCAAGAAGCCACAAAAUGUCAGCGUGUGA